GGAAGGCAGAGUUGGGGUUAUUUUUUCUGAUCUGUGUUACUUUCCACUUAUCAACACUGAAUUUCAUCUGCCAUUUUCUCGCUCAGCUUCGGCAGACCCCUUUGUAAGUCUUCACACUCAGCUUUGGACUUGACCGUCUGGAGAAAGUUUGGAUCGUCUGUCAGUUUUGCCACCUCACUCUUCACCCAACUCAUCUGCAGAUCAGCAUAGGUCCCUCUCCAGAUCCUUGAGGGACCCUGCUAGGUACUUGCCUCCAGUGUGAAAACAAACCCUUAACUCCUUCCCUCCCUUCCUGAUCUCUUAGCCACUCACUGAUCCAGGAGAGGCCCUUCCCUCUUCUCCCAGGAUUGCUUAGUUUGCUUCAGAGUCUUUGCGGAGGGACCUUGUCAAAGGAUUUCUGCAUGUUGCCAUCCAUGCCAUCCAGCGGAUCACUCUUGUCCACCUGCUUGUGUGCACCCUCCAAGAAUUCUAAUAGCUUGGCGAGGCAUGAUUUCCCUUUCUACAAGCUGUCUGGAUGCUUUCCCAGCAGAUCCUCUUUAUGUAUCGCUCUGAUAAGUCUGUUCUUUACUAGAGUGUCCAUCAAUUAGCCUGGUAGUGACGUUAGGCUUGCCAGGCUUGCCUCUUGAGCCUUUUUUUCAAAAUCACCAUUGCAUUAGCUACCCCCUCAGGCCUCUCUACAGAGGCUGACUUAAGGCACAAAUUACAAUCCCCUAUUAGUCGCGCUGCAGUUUCAUAUUUGACUUCCCUCAGAACGCUUCGAUGAAUACCAUCUGCUCCUGGUGACUUCUUACUGCUUCAUUUAUCUAUUGGGUACCAGACUUCCUCUCUUGACACCUCAGUGUGGGGCAAUUUCUCAGAUUUAUCACCUGAAAAAAAUGGCUCGGGUCUGGGGCUCUCCCCAACACCCUCUGCAGUGAAGACCAAUGGAAAGAAGUCAUUGAGCUUCUCCACAAAGCCAUUGUCUUCCCUGAGUGCUCCUUCAGCACCUCCAUCAUCCAGCGGCCCCACUGACUUCGGGGGAAGCUUCCUGCUUCUGAUGUACAUGAAAGAUAUUUUGCUGUUUGUUCUGGUGUUUCUAGCUAGAUACUCUUCAAAUAUUUUCUUGGCCUGCCUUAUGCUCCCUUUACACUUGACUUGCCAGAGUUCAUGCUCCUUUCUAUUUUCCUCACUAGGAUUUGACUUCCAGUUUUCUAGGGAUGCCUUCUUGCCUCUAACCGCCUCUUUGACUCUGCAGUUUCACCAGGGGGGCAAUUUCUUGGCUCCUCUUACUGGUUUUUGUUGUUGUUUUAAAUUUGGGGUAAACAUUUAGUUAGAGGCUCUCUCUAUUGUGGUCUUUUUCAAUAGUCUCCCUGCAACUUGAGUAAGUCGCGCCCCCGCCCCCUCUGUCUGGCAGCUGGAGGUUUCGGGACCCACAGAGCAUGGGCUCCCACCCCAAUCAUCUCCACUAACAGCUGUUGAGGGACCGAUCCUCCACAAACUCAUCUCCUUCUUUUGGGAACCUGCUUAUGGUGUUGAUAUAGUGGCGUUCUGUUCUUUUCUCCUUUAUUCUCUAUCCUUCUCUAAUGCUUCCUAACAUGCUUCUCUCAGCUUUUUCCACUGCCUCUGCCCAUCGAGUGGAUGUUUUCAGGCCACCAGGACUCCAAAAUCUCUUUCUUGAUGGGAACAGCUAAUUUAGACCCCAUCCUUAAUUGAGAGGUGUGCUGGGACUCGUGGGUUAAGCCCUGUGAGUAAGGGAGAAAGGGGCUGAAGUUUCAGCAUGCCUGCCAUGGGGCUGAACCCUGAGUCCCAGCAGGGCUGAUGCUCCGAGUCCAGCGUGCCCAGCUGUCCACUGAAAAGGCUCUGGUGGUCCUGAUUUGGACCGCAGGCUGCCCAUCGACUUUCCCUGGCUUAGGCUCUUGGUAGCUAGGUGUAUCUGCUAUGCAAGUUUCUUUGGGCAGCUUUUUCCACACUGGGUUAGUUCAGGGGUCUUAGCAAGCCCUUAGGAGAUAGCUGGGUACAUGCAGGCUCCACAGCACAACCAUGGAUUUGUCAUUCCCUGGCAUUCCCCCACUAGAGCUCCUAAGCCUGUGGCUAAGUAUAAGAUGUCCUCCCUCCUUAGGAUCCGGACUGAGUCAUUAAACUCAAAACUGUUCAACUCUGUCUCCCCUGGCCACCCCAGAGGGGACUCCAGGUGCUUUUUUCCAAAGAGAGUUGGGUGCAGGAGUGCAAACAGCUCUUCUUUGUCAUUUGAUAGGGAAAGGGGGCCUGUACCUUUAAGACUGGUGAAUUUCUCUCCAAACAUUCCCAGGCAAGUUCACAGAAGCUCUGAACUGCCUGGAGUGUGCUGCUUGCGGGUGAAUGCCAAGCUUUGCCAUUGAAUUUCACCUUCUAGAUCCUGCUAAUUUAGGAGGGAUGGACUGGAAUUUCCAGACCAUGGAGAUGGCGCGUGCGCUGUCCCCUGCAGUGAAGGUUGCCGUGGUCCGAUCCUUGCCGAGGAAGCAGAGAGGGGCGCGUGUGAGCAGGCGGAGGAAGAUCAGCCACUCCACAGCGAAAGGAAAGGGUCAGCUGAAGCUAUCCAUCGACAUGCAGGGCAGGCUCCUUGUGCUGCACAUUAUGGAAGCAAAAGGCCUGAUGGGAAAAGAGUACAGGACAUGCAACUCCUAUGUGAAGAUGUCUGUAGUACCAGAUACUGAUCGGAAAUGCAGGCAAAAAACCAAGACUGUUCCAGACAGCAAAAAUCCCAUCUUCCAUGAGCACUUUCUCUUCCCGGUUCAAGAAGAAGAUGAACAAAAGCGUCUUCUGGUUACAGUCUGGAACCAAAAGAGAAAUUCCAGACAGAGCCAGCUAAUCGGCUGUAUGAGUUUUGGUGUGAAGUCGCUCCUGACCCCAGACAAGGAGGUCAGCGGCUGGUACUAUCUCCUUGGCGAGGACCUGGGAAGGACCAAGCACCUGAAGGUGGCCACGCGGCGUCUGAAGCAGAGCAGAGAGCCACCACUGGCGAACCAGGGAGCUGCACUGGGAAACCAGGAGGCUGAGAACAUGGAGCAGCUCAAGAUUACAAUCCCUCGAGGAAGGGAUGGGUUUGGCUUCACAAUCUGCUGCGACUCUCCAGUCCGUGUGCAGGCUGUAGACUCUGGUGGCCCAGCAGAGAAGGCUGGCCUGCAGCAGCUGGACACUGUGGUGCAGCUGAACCAGCAACCCGUGGAGCACUGGAAAUGCGUGGAAUUGGCACAUGAAAUCCGGAACUGUCCCAGUGAGAUCAUCCUGCUGGUGUGGAGGAUCGUGCCGCAGAUCAAGCCGGGCCUUGAAGGCAUGAUACGGAGGUCAUCCUGCAAAUCUACCUACGACCUCCAGUCACCUCCAAACAAGCGGGAGAAAAACAGCACCAUGCCCUCACGCCCUGAGCACCGCCAGAGCUGCCACAUUGUGUACAAUGGCAGUGACAGGCUGGUGCUGAACAACUGUGCGCGAUACACGGAGGUUGGGAAGCGGAGCCAGCACACGAUGCCACCAUUGUCCCGGGCAUCCUCUGACGGGGACAAGAACUACAUCCUCUUAGCACCUCUGAAUCCUGGAAGUCAGCUGCUGAGGCCUGUGUAUCAGGAGCACAAUGCCGCUGUGGUCCCAGGAAAUGCAGGGAAAGGUAAAUCCCAUACGGGAUCUGGACGGAAAUCCAGGCUGAUGAAGACAGUGCAAACUAUGAAGAGCUAUGGAAACUACCAGAACUGCACCAUUGUGAGGCCUCAUAUCCCGCACUCCAGCUAUGGCACCUAUGUGACACUGGCCCCCAAAGUGCUUGUGUUCCCUGUCUUUGUGCAGCCUCUAGACCUUUGCAACCCGGUCCGGACUCUCCUUUUGUCAGAGGAGCUGCUGCUUCAUGAAGGCAGAAGCAGGACUGUAAAGGUGACCGUCUUCAUCUACUCAGACUUGCUGCUCUUCACUAAGGAAGAUGAGCCAGGGCGCUGCAAUGUGCUGAGGAAUCCUCUCUAUCUCCAAAGUGUCAAACUCCAGGAGGGUUCUUCUGAAGAUCUGAAAUUCUGCAUCCUCUACCUUGCAGAGAAGUCGGAGUGCUUAUUAAGUUUGGAGGCUUACUCCCAGGAGCAGAAGAAGAGGAUCUGUUGGUGUCUGGCUGAGAACAUCACUAAGCAGCAGCAUCCGGCAGCAGCUCCUGCUGAGAACAAGAUGCUUGAGACGGACAUUGAGGAGCUGAGGGUGAUGCCCUCUAAGGAGGAGAAGCUGGCAGGGGGUGAUGCCUGCCCGGCCGCAGAAGGGGCAGCGGAAGGGGCGUUGAAGGAGGCUGUCCCGGCUGCCCUGGGGGUCCCACUGGAGGAGAAGAAGGUGGUGAUUGUGGCCGAGUGUGUGGAGGAGCAGCCUGGCUCCAGACCGGCCUUUGUGAUCCCGGAGCUGCGGCUGGAUAGCGCGGCGGACAGCCCGACGGAUGAGGAGAAUGAGGAGGAAGAUGAGGAGGAGGAGGACAGUGACCAGCACUAUCUGGAGAGGAGUGAGGUCAAGCGCUGCAGCAUGAUUGAACCGUCGGGCUGCGAGCCGACCUACACCCUGACAGUGCAGGGCUCUCUGCGGCGCCGCACCCACAGCGAGGGCAGCCUGCUGCAGGAGACGAAGGGCCACUGCUUCACCUCUGACACCACCCUCAACUGCCUGGACAUCCAGGAUCCCCAGACCCACUGGGCACUGCCCUCGCCCAGGACCCUCAAGAAGGAGCUUACCAAGAACGGGGGCUCCAUCCACCAGCUCGGCCUUCUCUUCUCUGGGCACAGGAAGCUCAGCGGAACAGACAACGAGUGCGGCUGUGAGGAUGGGGACGAGGCCUCCUGCAAGAAAAGGAGCCAAAAUUUGGCCAAAGACAUGAAGAACCGACUGGGGAUAUUUCGAUGGCGAAAUGAGUCUCCAGGAGCCAACCCCAUCAGCAAGCUGGACAAAGCAAUGAAAUCCCUCAAGCCAACCCCGGAGGAAGCUCUCAAGUGGGGGGAAUCUCUGGAGAAACUGCUGCUGCACAAAUAUGGGCUGGCUGCCUUCCGGGCCUUCCUGCGGACGGAGUUCAGCGAGGAGAACCUGGAAUUCUGGCUUGCGUGCGAGGAGUACAAGAAGAUCAAAUCCCAAUCCAAGAUGGUGUCCAAGGCCAAGAAGAUCUUUGCCGAGUACAUUGCUAUCCAGUCAUGCAAAGAGGUGAACCUGGACUCCUACACGCGGGAGCACACCAAAGAGAACCUGCAGACCAUUACUCGGAGCUGCUUCGACCUCGCUCAGAAACGGAUCUAUGGGCUCAUGGAGAAGGACUCUUACCCCCGCUUCCUCCGCUCGGAGUUGUAUUUAGACAUAAUUAACCAGAAGAAAUCCAGCCCCCCACUGUAGAUCCCAAGGACACUGUCUGGGGCAGACUGGGAGCUGCAUGUUUACAUGAAAUCGACUGGGGAGGUUUUCCCUGAGCUGGAUGAGGGGAGCAUGCCUUUCUGCUGGGAUUCACGCCCAUGGAAGCCAUAUCUCUGUAGCGAACAGGCACGUGGACAGGCAAAGGCAGAGAGCUAGAGGCCAAGGGGGCUGGAGAGCCGAGCAGUCUGGUACUGUUCCAGUGUACCGUUCCUCAGGAUCUCGCCAUCUCACCGGUACGACGCCCUUUGCCAUGGCUCGGGUUUGAGUUUUAGCCAGGAGGGAAGCUCCCACAAGACUACUGUGAAGCACUGGCCUGAGCUUUGUCUUUUGUUUUGGGGGCCAUAAGUCGGUGGGCAGUGAGUCAGUGGGCAGGGAGGCUUUGGGGAGAGGGGAAACCAGCAAGAAUCAGCUUCUUGCCUCAGCUGAACUGGACCAAACCCCUUUCCAUGGCCUUGUCGUGCUGCCCUGGCCCUGCAGAACUCGCACCUGUCAAACUGGCUAACAAAAGGCCCUGAUCGUGGGAUAGAAUGGCACUUCUUUUGUCUGUCUGUGGUGAUGCGCCCCUCGAGCAGCGAGAGCCAGUUCCUUCCCCACGCCCACCACACACCUCUCCGUUUAUUUAUUGACCUCCUGUAGCUGGACGCGUUGCUGUGUAAUAGAAACUCCUUGAAUCCUUUCCUUUGUUAAUUUACAAGUGCAAUAUUUCUGCGUGUCUUGGAGUCCCGCAGUAGAAUGGACAGCCAUCUCUUCCAAGAGUGUGUACAACAUUUUCUAACUUGGUGGGUUUUAUUUGACAAACUCUGUGCUCCAAGCAGCAGGCCGCUGGGAGAGCCUGGGUGUAUAUAUAGUUCUGUGACAAUGGAGGGUUUGAUUGUGUAGAUAAACAGCUGUGUGAAUCAGAAACUCUCACUGCUCUGGAUAAUGAUGUCGUAGUCUGGGAAACAUGGCUUAGUGCUGGAUUUGAUGGAGUUGGAGAGAAUGUCUUGCGUCUAAGUGCCCGGUUUACAAUGCAAAGCAUCUCUGCAGCUAACAAAAACAUGUUGACAUCAUGGUUAUAGUGUAAAUAAAAGGAAAAUAUUAUUUCUUGUA